AUGUCGUAUCCGUUGUCCGCCCUCCUCCGAUGCCGAAUUUAUGUCCGUUGUCCGCCCUCCUCCGAUGCUGAAUUUGCCGUUGUCCGUCCUCCGAUGCCGAAUUUAUCCAUUGUCCCCCUCCUCCGAUGCCGACGUUGUCACCUCCUGAUGCCGCCGUUGUCCGCCCUCCUCCGAUGCCGGGUAUCCGUUGUCGCCCUCCUCCGAUGUUGUUGUCCGUAUCCGCCUCUCCGAUCCAUUUGCCGUUGUCCCUCUCCGAUGCCGAAUUUAUCCGUUGUCCGCCCUCCUCCGAUGCCGGGUUACGUUGUCCGCCCUCCCGAUUGUCCGCCCUCCUCCGAUGCCGAAUUUAUACAUUGUCCGCCGAUGCCGAAUUUUAUAUCGUUGUCCGCCCUCCUCCGAUGCCGAAUUUAUCCGUUGUCCGCCCUCCUCCGAUGCCGAAUUUAUCCGUUGUCCGCCCUCCUCGAUGCCGAAUUUGCCGUUGUCCGCCUCCGAUGCCAAUUUAUCCGUUGUCCGCCCUCUCCGAUGCCGAAUUUAUCCGUUGUCCGCCCUCCUCGAUGUCGAUGCCGAAUUUCCUCCGUUGUCGUUGUCCGCCCUCCUCCGAUGCCAAAUUUAUACGUUGUCCGCCCUCCUCGUGCCGAAUUUAUACGUUGUCCUCCUCCGAAUUCCGCCCUCUAUCCGUUGUCCGCCCUCCUCCCGAUGCCGAAUUUAUCCGUUGUCCGCCUCCGAUUCUGA